AUGAGCUUGACUUUUGAGUCACCUACACACAGAGGAGGGCAAACAAAUGAUGCCUAUUUUACUCCACUCAACGUACCUUCUCUAUUAUCAACCGAAAAUACUUCAGGUGAUCCUACUAGCAGCAAUAAUAAUAACAAUGACGUCUCAACUGCAAAUACUCCAUAUUAUACUGCUCCAAUCAAUCCUAUGCUUAAUCAAGAAUUCCUCAAUGCUAUCCAAGCUCGCCAUGCAUCACAACCAACGGUUCUAAGCAGCCCUUCAACUGAACAGAAAGCGCCAAUGUUAAGCAUGGGUUCAAUAGCAAAUCGCAGAAUGAAAUUACAACAACAGCAACAACAACAACAAAGGCCAGAAAGUGCCUCAUCACAAAGCGAACCAAAGUCACUAUCCUUUAUUACACCUAUUGAGCCGAAACAGUUAAAUGACUUACUCAACAACUACAAGCAAAAACCAAAAUCACUGCUCAUCUUGGACGUUCGUUCUUUUGUUCAAUUCUCUCAUUCGAGAAUUCAUAACUCGGUUAAUGUUUCUAUACCAAACACAAUCCUUAAGCGACCCACAUUCACGUUAGAUAAGGUCUAUGAAGCUAUUGUCCUUGAAGGUGCAAGGGAGAAGCUACGAAGCUGGCAAACAGCUGAUUAUAUCAUAUUCUAUGAUCAACAAUCUCAGCAGCUACAAGAAAAUAGUGCUUGUGCUUAUUUAAGCAUAAAGUUGGUCAAUUCAGGUUUUAAGGGAAAGCUGCAUUAUCUAAAAGGUGGCUUUGAUGCCUUUUCUGAACAGCACAAUGACCAAAUCGAGUCAAAUCCAACCAGUCCUACCUAUGGUUCGGCUAAUAACACAAUGCCUAUCGGACCACCCACUACCAUCGGUGGCUCUUCAGGCUUUGCCUUGAAUCUCAACGGCACGGGUAGUCGACGCCCUGGUCUUCGCUUAAACAAUUUGCCUAUGGCCACACCGAGUAUAGGUCCAUUUACUGCUCCUAUGCCACAAUUUGAAAACCAAGCAUUCAAUCCUUUCUUUUCAAACAUUCGACAGAAUAUGGAACUAUCGCAUGGUCCUAUUCGAGAACGAUUUCCUGUGAGAUUACCACCCAAGUGUUAUGUCGAUCCACAAAAUGAAGAUCACAUUCAGAUAGACAGAGCACCACGUUGCAUAGCAGGUGGACAUAUGGAUCCAGAACAUAGCAAUUGCUUUAGAGCUCCUACUUGGUUACAAAACAUAAUUAAAGAACAAGGACCCAAGGUCUUAGCCGAAAGUUAUGAGAAAUUGGAACGAACAGAGCAAAGACGACUUCAAAACAUCAUGCACUUUCAUUCAAAGCAUACAAGCAAUCCAUCUGAGUUUCCAUUUAGUAUUGUCGCUGGUAUUGAAAUGGGCGCAUUAAACAGAUACACAAACAUUUGGCCAUAUGAAUACACUCGAGUCAAGAUUAAGGAGCAUCAGAGCUCAGAUUACAUCAAUGCUAGUUACCUUCAAUAUAUUGAUUCUGAAGAUGCCAUCUCAGAUGCACGUCCAGAGACGGUAGAUACACAUUGUAUAAAGGCCAUGACAGAUCAUAAAUCGAGUAGUACAUCCCCUUACCGACGAUACAUCUCCACACAAGGUCCAUUGCCUGCCACUUUCAAUGAUUUCUGGCAGGUUGUUUGGGAACAGGAUUCCCGUGUACUGGUGAUGCUGACAAAGGAAGAAGAGAUGAACAAGAUCAAAUGUCAUCGCUACUGGCCUUCCAAGAUAAACGAGCCUGUUCAAUAUGGUCAGGUCACGGUUACACUCGUGAGUGAAACAGUGCGUCCUGUCAAGGGUCUAGACGAAUCAAAUAAGAAUGAAGAUGAUGCGAUCAUUGUGAGACAGCUGACCCUUUCUAGGGGCGAGAGCAGCAGAACGAUCAGUCACCUGCAGUAUACAGGCUGGAUGGACUUUGGUGUACCUGAUAAUCCUUUGGGCACAUUACAAAUUAUUCAAAUGGCAGACGAAGCACAAAAGCAGUAUUCGGCAGCUAAUCAGCAAGUCGGUCCAAUGAUCGUUCACUGUUCUGCAGGUUGUGGUCGAUCGGGAGCCUUUUGUGCCAUCGAUACUGUCAUUUAUCGAUUGUGUAAUACAGACUGUAAUCCUAAAUCAGAUAUCUUGCUUGAAACAAUAUCUCGUUUCAGAGAACAGAGAUUAAGCAUGGUGCAGACACUAAGGCAGCUCGUUUUUUGUUAUGAAGCUAUCUGGUGGUGGUUACUAAACUAUACACAGCCACUAUCAAUAGAUGACAUGGAUACCACUCUAUAG